CAGCAUAAGAAGGGACCGGGGCGGGGGAGCCGUGAGGGGAGAACUUCAGUGGCUGCGAGGCGACUCGAGGGGCUGCAGCAGAGCGGGACUUGGGGGAGAGCCGGCCGUCCACCCACUUGCAAGUCGAUACCGUCUGAGGCGGCGGCGGCGGCGGCGGCCACCUCGCGGAUACCCUAUAUAAGCCUCUAUAAAAGCGCGGACAUGGAGUAGGUGGCGGGAGAGCGGACGGCGUGCGCGCCGGGGAAAGGAGACAGAGCGCGGCGAGAGAAGCGAGGCUCCGGCCGGCGAGGGAGGGAGCCCCGUCGCACACACCGCCUCAAAGGGCGAACGGAGGCAGCUGGUUUCAGGGAGUGGACUCGGAAAGUGGCUCCAUCUAUCCCUCGUUUGACCUCGGAAGCGCCAUGGGCAGAUUCCUGAGAUCCCCUGCGUUGGUGGGGCUGGUGCUGGCGAUGCUUUCAGCGGGACAUUGCGAAGAGAGACCCGAAUCUAGCGCAGGGCUGAAGGAAAGGCAGAACCUCUUAAACCUGAUCAUGGAGAUCAUUCAGGAACUGAAAAAAUACCACCUGGAGGAGGACGAGGAGAACGGGGUUCAGUACAAACAAGACUAUCUUUUGGACCGGAGAAGGGAAGUAGUACCCGAUUAUGGAUCUUACUCAGAAGAACAGAGAGUUGAAAUAGUUCCUAGAGAUCUGCGAAUGAAAGACAAGUUUUUAAACCAUUUAACAGGUCAUCUUUAUUUUGGUCCAAAAUGCACUAAACACUUUCAUAGACUUUACCAUCAUACAAGAGACUGCACCAUUCCUGCAUACUAUAAAAGAUGUGCCAGGCUUCUUACUCGGUUGGCAGUAAGUCCAAUGUGCACGGAAGGAUAAGAUGUUACUACUAUCAAGGGAAAAAGCUAUUAUCAACAACCAAGAGAAGUGCCUUGGAAACCAACAGGGAAAUUGAACUUACCAUCUUUGUAACAUAUUCCAUUGUGAACAAGAGAUUUAUUUUUGCAAGUUGAUAGACUACUUCCCAUAAAAUCUUUAAAACAUGUGUUUUCUAUUCUGUCACCACUGUUUACAGAUACAUUUUUUUCUGGUAGUUUUUCCACCAUAACAAUUUAAAAUGUUUCAUACUUUAAGGCCACCCUAUAUCAGAAGUGUUGCAUUGCCAAAAAAUUCAGUGAAUUAUCAACCUCCCAAGUAAGAACAUGUUUCAUUUAGAGACGUCAUGGGACACUUUCAAGGAAGCCUUCCUGUGGAGAAGGUUACAUUUCUUGCUUAUGGAAUUCAAAGUGUUUGGUUACAAAUGUUUCAUAAAUCUGUUAUGGUGUACUCUUACUGAGUGCAAACUGCAUGCCACGUGGAAGAGACAAACAUGUUUUAAGUAAAACUUGGAUUCUGCAUCCACUAAAAUGCCAUCUGUUUCCUGUACAAUAGAGGUAUGAACAUUCCAGCUAAAUGUGCAAUAUGUAAAUACUGUAAAUAACAUACAUAAUAAAGUGUUGGGUUUAUAA